AUGCUGUACAUAGUCGGCCUCGGCCUCGGCGACGAGCGCGACAUCACGGUACGGGGGCUCGACGCCGUCCGCCGCUGCGCCAAGGUCUACAUGGAGGCCUACACCUCCCUCCUCUCCCUCGGCCUCGACCCCGCCUCGCUCGCCAACCUCGAGAAGAUGUACGGGAAGGAGAUCACGGUCGCCGACCGCGAGAUGGUGGAGGAGCGCGCCGACCAGAUGCUGACCGAUGCCAAGGACGCCGACGUCGCCUUCCUCGUCGUCGGAGACCCGUUUGGGGCGACCACCCACACUGAUCUGGUCGUUCGGGCCAAGGACAUGGGGGUGGAAGUUAAGGUUAUUCACAAUGCUUCUGUCAUGAACGCGGUCGGAAUUUGUGGGUUGCAACUUUACCGCUACGGGGAGACCAUCUCCAUACCUUUCUUCACGGAGACAUGGAGACCAGAUAGUUUCUAUGAGAAAAUUCAGAACAGUCGCCGACUUGGCCUGCACACUCUUUGCCUACUAGACAUUCGUGUUAAAGAGCCAACACUCGAGUCCUUGUGCAGGGGAAAGAAAGUGUAUGAACCACCACGAUUUAUGACUGUAAACACUGCAAUAAGUCAGCUUUUGGAGGUGGAGGAACUGCAUGGGGGAUCUGCUUAUGGCCCAGAUUCACUAUGUAUGGGUGUAGCUCGCCUUGGAAGCGAUGACCAGAAGAUUGUUGCUGGCCCCAUGAAGAAACUACUCGAUGUUGAUUUUGGAGCACCCCUUCACUGCCUCAUCAUAGUGGGAGAGACACAUCCCGUGGAACAAGAGAUGCUAGAGUUCUACAUGAUCAAGUAGUGAUCUGCUUUCAUGAACAUGUUGUAGACUAAAGGCAUGAUCCCUGUAUGAUGGAGAUGGACCACCAGUUGGAUCAUGAAUGUUUGCUCGAUUCUGCAAUACGAGUGUACACUAGAUGUUUACUGCUAGACCGGAUGAAUACUCGUUUAGUCAAAGGCUGGGUUCAGCUGUAUUUUUGCCCUGUACUGAAUAGUGUGGACGCAUGUGAAGUUGUGAACAUCUUUUGAAUAUUAUCAUUUACAAUGCGCGUGCGCUUGUGCCUA